AUGAGCUUCAUGCCGACAUCCCCUGGCCGCGGCGGUCGUGGCGGCUUUGAUGCUCCCCGCAGUAUCAAGGAAAUCACCGAUCGCGCUGAAGACUUCUACUUCAAUACCAACAUUCCCUUCAAAUACUGGAUCCAGUCAUGCAAGACUCUGCGCCAGGAGGCAUCCUUUGCUCUGCGCGAUGGCGACUACGCCCGGGCCUACCUCAUGCUCUACCGCGAAUCUUCCCUGGUUAUGAACCAUCUUCGAAUCCACCCCGAAUUCAAAGACCCCGAAAGCCGCCGCCUUUACAGGCCACUGUUGGACGACCUCGACAACGUCGUACAGGAACUUGAGCAGAUCAAGCCUAUAAUCAAGGAAGAGUACGAUGAUUAUCAGCGCAUGGUAGCUUCGGCUGCUCGCAGGGAGUCCGCUGCCGAGAGGCAGAGUUUGAGACCAGCUCCUGUUCGAAGCGCACCCCGCAUCGUCGAAGUAACUGAUAAUGUGGACUAUGCCGUCGACCUUGCUCGGGAUGAGCUGCGCAGACGCAACGGCUCGAGGCGAGUGAGCCGGCCUGCCAAUUUCGAAAAAGGACCAGCCCAAUCGCGCAAGGAAUACUGGGUAGAGCCUGAUGCUGUGGAUGACCAUUACUACGACCGCGAUGGCGAUUACCGACGAGACGUGCGACCCGCUCGCCCAGUAUCUAGACCAGGCUACGAACCGCAUGAAGGUUACCGAGAUAAUUAUCGAGACGACUAUCACCAAGAUCCCGAUGACGACUGGAGAGCUGGCCUUGAAGCGACUAGGCGGACGCUAGAUUCUAUGACGAGCAAACGCCGGUCAUACGAGCCCGAGCCGGAGAUUCCGUCUCGUCCUUCUAGCCAUGCCCAGCCGUAUUACCCUACCACGUCUCGGUCGAGGCCUGUCAACUACAUCGCCGAGCCGCCUACGACCCAUCUGCCGUCGAGCCCACGACCGCAACGGCCACCCAAAGAAGCUUACCGUGACGACAACCCAUUCCUACCUCGGCCUACGCCGCCCAAACCGGACCCUUACAGGAGGAGCAGCGAGAGGACGGAUCACUACGACUAUCCGCCUCCUCGCCCGCCCCCACCCCCACAAACUAGGACCCCAGACUUGGAACCCGAGUAUUCUCACUAUAGCAACAACAGCCUUCCCCCAAGGCCUCGAAAGGAACCUCAAAUUCGAGAAUCCGAUCCUUAUCGAGGUUCUGAUUCUUACGAGAGACGUCCCUAUGCCAGCCGAGAGGAACCACCGCCCAUGCCACCCGCCAAAUACGCCCCCCACGACCUACGUCCGCCCGAAGAUCCACCAUCGUCAAAACGCGUCUCGUUCCGUCCGGCGGCAUAUCUAGAGAACGGCGACCCCGUCCGCUACGUCUUUCUCCCGGACCAGCUGCGCUCGUCGUUCCUCAAAAUCGCCGCCCCGAACACCGCCAAGGGCCUGGAGACGUGCGGAAUCCUGUGUGGCACACCGGUAAAUAAUGCUCUGUUCAUUACCUGUCUCCUGAUCCCCGAGCAAAAGUCAACUCCCGACACGUGUGAGACGAUAAACGAGACGGCGAUGCUGGACUAUUGUAUUUCUGAAGAUCUUCUCGUCAUCGGCUGGAUCCACACGCAUCCUACACAGUCGUGCUUCAUGAGCUCGAGAGAUUUGCACACACAGGCCGGGUACCAGGUCAUGAUGCCGGAGAGUAUUGCCAUUGUCUGUUCUCCAAGGCAUGAACCAUCGUAUGGCAUCUUCCGACUGACCAACCCACCCGGUCUACCCUACAUACUCAACUGUAGCAAGACCGAAACCUUCCACCAACACCACAUAGAUAACAUCUACACCGGCGCACUGCGGCCGGCAGGACACGUCUGCGAGGUAGCUAAGCUCGCCUUCAAGGUGCAUGACUUGCGGCCGUAG